AUGUCGCACUGCCACGACGAGCACUCGCACUCGCACUCGGACAGCCACGACCAUGACCACUCGCACUCGCACUCGCACGACCACAGCGACGACAUCACCCCCGCGCUGCAAAACAUCCUCUAUGCGCAACUCGACUUCCCCGCCCUGCGCACCCUAAACGAGUCCACCAGCAACAGCGGCCGCGCCAUCUGCCAGAAGACAUGGGCCCAGCGCCUGUCGCCCGAUCCCGAGCUCGUCUCCUCAGCCGACGAGCAGCUGCUCAUGCUGGUGCCGUUCACGGGGCAAGUACGACUACACUCGAUUCUACUGCGGACAUCAGACAGCCCCGCGGCGCCGCGGACGCUGAAGCUAUUCGCCAACGCGGAUGAUAUGGAUUUCGAGACUGCGAGCGAGAAGCAGCCCACGCAGACCCUGGAGCUGGCGCGCUCGAGCGACGUCCAGGAGAUUGCCGUGAAGCGGGUGCACUUCAACAACACGCGUAGCCUGGCGCUGUUCUUCGAGGAUAACUGGAGUCAAGGUGAUGAGGAUGAGACGCGCAUCAGCUAUCUGGCAUUCAAGGGCGACUUCAUGCGGCUUAAUAAGGAGCCUGUUAGUGUGCUGUACGAGGCCGCGGCGAACCCGGCGGACCACAAGACUGUUGCGGGCGUCAACGAGGGCGUGGCGAGGGGGAUACAGUAG